AUGAACAAGAUGGCAGCUCGUCGAAAAAUUCGUCUUCAAAAAACAGAAGCUCGUGGUCGGAUGUUCGUCACCACUGUUUCAUUUCCCGUGAUUGUCAAUCGAACAUUUAUGGGAGUCGCUGCCGUUAACACUCCACUCACUGAGCUUAAUCAGCAAGCGCAUCCUAGCAAUAUCGGCGGGCGCAGCUACUUCUUCAUGCUCGAUCAGAAUGGCUUCAUUAUGUUCCAUCCACAACUUCGACCAAUCGUUAGUUCAUAUGUAACUUUAACGUUUCUUUGA